AAGAAAGCUGGAGUCACCAUGUCCCUCCUUAAACUCCGGAUGUUUGUCUGAGGGAUGUAAGGAGAACUUCGGCACAGAAUAGCAGGACUACGUUAUAAAAUCUCAGAGUCGUUAGGCCUUCCUAGAGGAACCUCCCCUGCCAGGUGAAAUCCAGAACAAACAUCCCCUCAUUGAAUGCGGUGGAGUCAGUGCUGCCGUGGUAUGCAGUGGUUUCUGGGACUGUUCACCUCUGCAGGGCCCACUAAGACACUGGGAGCGCGUCUCUCAUACAGCUCUUCCACCUCUCGCCAUGCUUCCUGCUCAGGAGGCAGCCAAAAUCUACCACACCAACUACGUGCGUAACGCCCGAGCCAUGGGGGUGCUCUGGAUCGUUUUCACCAUCACCUUCGCCGUCAUCACCGUGGUGGUGUUCAUCCAGCCCUACUGGAUCGGCGACAGCGUCAACACACCGCAGGCCGGAUACUUCGGCCUCUUCCACUACUGCAUCGGGAACGCGCUCACCUCGGAGCUCACCUGCAAAGGGAGCGCGCUGGACUUUGGCUCCAUCCCGUCCGGCGCCUUCAAGACGGCCAUGUUCUUCGUGGGGAUCUCCAUGCUGCUGGUGGUGGGCAGCAUCGUCUGCCUCAGCCUCUUCUUCUUCUGCAACGCGGGGAGCGUCUACAAGAUCUGUGCCUGGAUGCAGCUGGCUUCCAGUACGUGCAUGGUGAUCGGCUGCAUGAUCUAUCCUGACGGCUGGGACUCGGAUGAGGUGAAGCGCAUGUGCGGCCAGCGGACUGACAAGUACACACUGGGCAACUGCACAGUGCGCUGGGCCUACAUCCUGGCCAUCAUCAGCAUCAUGGACUCCCUCAUCCUCUCCUUUUUGGCCUUCAGCCUGGGCAAUAGACAGGACAAGCUGCUGCCCGAAGACUUCCAGGUGGAGGAAAAAGAUAACGCAUAGAGCCCAGUGGACACUGACAUGAAUGGAUGAGAUUUUAUGAGUGCCACUGACUUCAGAGGAUAUCCCGAGGCUUCGAGUCACUUUGAAGAAAUAAGAGUCCAUCUCUGCCUCAAAAUGAGCUCAUCAGAGUCACUGCCCAUCCUCAUCUCCAAGGCUACAGCUUCAGAUUGCCGUCAGUAAAAGCCACUUAUAGAUCAGAUUUAGCUCUCACUUUUAUUUGCUGCUUCACAUUUUUUAAGCAUUUAGAUUUUUUAAAAUAAAUGUUAAUUGCUGAAAUGUUUUCAUCAUUUUGAGUUUUGAGCCUGACAGUAUUAGCCACUGUUGCCUUCUCUCUAUGUGAGAAAUCUAAUGGCACUAACAAUAAAAUGAU